GUUUCGUCAUCUUCAUAUAUUCCACAAGCAAAUCACUCGUAAAUAUAUGAUUGACUAUUGAAUAUUGAUACUAGAUUCACGAUCCACUUACGUUAGCAUGAUUAGCUAUAAUUACUUUAAACAACAGAUACACUGCCUGUUAUAAUAAUCCUAAUAUUAUUUGAAAUUAGUAUUGACUUCGACGCGCAGAUCACCAUUUCGACUGAUAAUAUUAUUGAAGUAUAUUACCAAACCUCACUAUCUUCUUCCAUCUUUCUUUCUCCAGUUUUCUUCCUCCGUUGCCGAUCAUCAAUACCUUCUGCUAAGUUUUACAGAAAAAGCAAUGACUGAUCAGUUAGCGUUGGUGGCUGGAGCACUUCUCUCCGCUGCCAUUGAGGCAAUUAUUAAGAGAUUGAAUUCUGGUGAGAUUCUUGACUUCUUCCUCCAUGUCAAAAAGAUGCAGGAUUGCUUUUUGCUGAAAAAACUGGAGAUGACCCUUAACAGUCUCAACAAAGUCAUGGAAGAUGCUGAGGAGAGGCAAUACAGUGACCCUUAUGUGAAGCGCUGGCUUGAUGAGCUCAAACAUUCAGUCUUUCAGGCUGAGGACUUGCUGCUUGAGAUUGCAACUGAGGCCUCUCAAAAAAAGCUGCAACUUGAACUUCAUCCCACCACAGAGUGCUUAGCAAAGCAGAGGGAGGAGCUGGGCUUGAAGGAAGGCCCUGGGGCACUCACUCAAGUGGGAGUGAAGAGGAAAGUUUUCAAGAGAAUGCCAGAAUCUUCUUUGAUAGAUGAAGCUCAUGUCUUUGGUCGAGAUGCUGACAAAGAGAAAAUAAUCAAGAUUUUAUUAUCCCCUACCAAGGGUCAGAAUCAAUACCCAGUGGAUGUGAUUGCCAUCAAAAGUAUGGGUGGAAUGGGCAAGACGACUCUGGCGCGGCUUGUUUACGAAGAUAAAAGGAUGACAAAACGAUUUCAAUACAGAGCUUGGGUAUGUCUUUCGGAAGAGUUUGAUCCUGUUCAAGCUACAAAAGCAAUUCUUAAAGAACUUGAUUGUUCAAUUCAACUUGGGAGAUCGCAUGAUUUAGACCCAAAUCAACGUAAACUACAGGAAAAGUUGAAGGGUAAGAAAUUUUUCUUGGUUCUUGAUGACGUAUGGAAUCGGAAUCGUGCGAUUUGGGAGGCCUUUCGAACUCCUUUCAACUACGGAGCUCCAGGAAGUAAGAUUCUCACAACGACACGUGAAGAAGAGGUGGCAAAAGUCAUGCAAUCUAGAUAUUCAUAUUUUGGAGCCCUUACAAGAUGAAUAUCCUUGGAAGUUAUUUGCAAACAAUGCGUUUAGCUACCAAUGUGAUGAUCCGGAACUUGAAGUAAUUGGUAGAAGGAUUGUUAAUAGGUGUGGAGGGUUGCCUUUGGCCAUAAAAACAUUGGGAAGUUUGCUAGGUACAAAACUAACUCCUCAAUAUUGGAAUACAAUUUUGAAGAGUCAUAUUUGGUCUUUAUCAGAGGAUGAGAGCAAUAUUAUCCCAUCUUUAAGGUUGAGCUACCACUAUUUACCUUCUCAUCUUAAACGUUGCUUUGCAUUUUGUGCUAUCUUUCCCAAAGAUUACUCAAUAGAGAAGGAUGCUCUUAUUCAAUUAUGGAUGGCUGAAAGUUUAUUACAUUCCACUCAAACCAAUAAGAGCUUUGAAUAAGUGGGCAAUGAAAUUUUCAAUGACCUAGUGUCUAGGUCUUUUUUUUGAACCAUCAAAAAGAAUGGCAAUUGCUUCCUAAUGCAUGACCUUAUGAAUGAUUUAGCAAAGUCUGUGAUGGGAAAGUUUUGUGUGCAGCUUGAUGUUCAUCGGCCACAAGAAAUUUCAACAAAGGCUCGCUACUUUUCUUAUAUAGGAAAAGAAAAUAAAAAUCUUGAAUUUUUUGAGAAAGUUUUCAAAUGCAACCAAUUACGUAGUUUCAUCCAAUGGGAUGAAGCUUUUUUCUAUAGCUUUUGCAUAAAUGAUAAUAUAAUAUCCAAACUUUCUCAUCUCAAGUACAUACGGCAGUUAUCUUUGAGGGGAUAUCAAACUUUCGUAGAAUUUUCAGUUGAUAUUAGCAAUUUAAAGUAUUUGCAUUAUCUUGAUCUUUCUGGGACUUCAAUUCAAAGCUUUCCAUUUUCAAUGUGCUUGUUGAUUAAUUUACAGACAUUGAAAUUGAGAAAUUGUCAUCAUUUGACUAAGUUGCCAUCCAAUUUUCACAAGCUUAUUGACUUACGUCAUCUUGACUUGGAUGGUUGUCGCAUACAAAAGAUGCCAAAAUACAUGGGAAAGUUAAAUCAUCUCCAGACAAUGAACAAAUUUGUUGUGGCAAAGAAAGGAGGAUCAAGUUUGAAAGAACUAGGUGCCUUAAACCACUUAAGAGGUACACUAACCAUCUCAAACAUGCAGCUCAUAAAUGAUCUUACAGAAUUGAGAGGGGCCAAUUUGAAAGAAAAGCUGUUGGAUAAACUUAAUUUGCAAUGGCAUUGGCAGGAUGGUUAUAAGUUUAAUCAUCGUCAUGUAGAUGCACAACAUGAAGAGAACAUAUUGGAAGUGCUUGUGCCAAAUCACAGUGUAAAAGAGCUCAUUGUUGAACGAUAUCGAGGCACUAAAUUUCCAAAUUGGCUUGGUGAUUCACAUAUUUUACCAAAUUUAAUGUCUUUAUCUUUUUCAUUUUGCACCAACUGUGUAUACUUACCACCACUUGGGCAAUUACCUUCCCUCCAAAAACUUAGGAUUGAAGGAUUGAAAGGAAUAAGAAUGAUAGGCAGAGAGUUUUAUGGGAAUGGCUCUUCCAAUGCUCCAUUUCGUUGCCUUUCAUAUUUAAGAUUUGAUGACAUGGGAAAAUGGGAAUUGUGGAAUAUUUGUCAGGAAGAUGAAAGUUUCCCAUGCCUUCAAGAGCUUCAUAUCCUCAAUUGUCCUAGACUAACAAAGUCUCUACUUCCACACCUUCCUUCUUUAAGAAGACUAGUUAUUAUAGGGUGUGGAAAACUAGAGACUACACUUCCCAAGUCCUCUUGCAUGGAAGAUCUCUACUUAUCAGGUUGUCAGAAGAUUGCAGUAAAAGACAUGCCCACAUGGAGCUCCACAGAUGUGCUUCAACCUCUUCAUGACCUGACAUUAAAUGACUGUGCACAGUAGGAAUCACUUCCUCGAGGAGGCAUGCUUUCCAACCUACAACGCCUUCUAAUCUCUUUUUGUCCCAAACUCACUGGAUCUCGCAGGGAUUGGGGUUUGCAUGAGUUAUUAUCUUUGAAAGAACUUGUAAUUACUGGUGACCUUGAAGAUGGAGAGUCCUUCCCUGAGAAGGGUUUGCUGCCCUCCAAUCUCCACUCUCUUUCACUCAGAGAUUGUCCCAAUUUGAGAAGAAUAAAUUAUAGGGGUCUUCUUCACCUCUAUUCUCUUACUUCCUUAUCUUUUGUAAACUGUCCUAGCAUGAGUUUCCAAGUCAUGCCAAAGGAUGGUUUGCCUCCGUCCCUUUCUCAUUUAUCAAUUUAAUAUUGUCCGAUACUUCAAAAGAGGUGUGAAAAGGAGACAGGACCAGAUUGGCCUAAAAUUGCUCACAUUCCUCAUGUACUCAUUAUCAAAUGAAAACAAAACUAAGAUGCAGAACACUGACUCUCAUGCCCUUCUAAAAGGCAUCUCUCGUACUCAAGAGUAAGGAUGCUAUGUACAUUCCCCCCGAUGGAGCAAUGCUUUGAUGGGACUGCCAUUCAUGAAAUUAAAGAUUUCAAGAAGCUGAAUGAAGGAAAUUUCUCAGAUACAUGAAUCAAUGGAUUAGAAUUGUGGAGUGAACUACAUCAGAGAAGAAUUUUGACAGCAGACAUGAUUGGCAGAAGCGAUUAAAGAAAUAGAAUGCAACUCUAAGCUUCUAAUACUAUGGGAGUUGUGAGACUACAAUUAGAAUGCUGGAGUCUCUCCUUUUUUGUGUGGUUAUUUGUUUCUUUAAUUAAAAUGUUAUGUAUUCUAUUGUCUCUUUUUAUUUUUUUCAUUUGUUUGGUUGACAUUUUUAUUGUGUAUUUUUUAUUUCGGUAAAUAAUAGGCUUCAUUGUUUUUAACUGGCAUUGAUCUCUAAAAUUUUGAUGUAUUUAUUUUUGU